UGCUACUGAGCCAGUGAGACGCAGGCAGGCAGAGAGAGAAGACGGAGAGAGAGGAGGCCCUCGGCAUCUCCCAGCCCGGUCCAAUGAGGGGGUGAGGGGCUCAAGAGCAAUACAACAGGGAGAAUAGUGGGAGGAAAAGCGGAUACGGAGGGGAAAAGGCAGGGCGAUAAAAUCAGAAACAGGCUUCAGCAGGAAAAGGGGAGUAGGUGGGUGGGAUCUGAGAUGAGGAGGAAAAAAAGCAGAUAAAAGUUUUGGAGACAGAGUCGGAGAGAGAGAGGGAAGAGGAAAAGAGACUGAAGAUAGAGCGGAUUGAGUCUAUGUUAAUGGCAAAGGUAGGAGAGGAUUCAUGGAAAAAGAGGAGGAAGCUCUCUGUCUCAGGGGUCCUCCUGUUCGUCUUCUGCGUCUUCCUCUUUUUGUGAGGCUGCUGGACAUCAUCCAUCACUAUGUUCUCUGACAGCAGGGCUCCAGCGCCGGGGGAGCAGAAAGGCUUCAAGCCCCAUGCCCCCAACUUCAUCCCCUGGCUGCGCAAUAGUCUGAAGCCCCACCACAGCAGUGACCUGGGGCUCAAUGGACCGUACAAAUCCAGCUCAGAGGCCCGCAACAACCUGACCCCGCUGGAGAGAGCCAAAGGGAUCGGGUUCUUCUCAAUCCAGGGAAAGGACCGGGCAAAGAAGGGGGAGGUUCGGUGCAACGGCGUGGGGAUGGCGAGAAUGCUGCCAGUGGUGCUGCGGGGUCACCACAUCCUGCCAGGGAGUCUGGGGAAGCAGAGGGAGGACCGUCCUGCCAUGCGGAACCAGCCUCCGGAGCCGGACCCGCUCCCUAACACGCAGAGCAGCCCAGGGGACGAACAGCAGGGUCUGAGCAACAGCUCCACAUCUGCCCAGGACAACCACACCUUUGUUAGGAACCACAGCAGCCACCUGAGCGUCCUUCAGUCUCAGAAUGACGGGACUAGCACCUCGGUCAGGAAAUAUGGGCCACUAGUAAGACCCCCUCCUGUUCCUAUACCUGCACUGCUCGUUGAAGAGCCAAACAGUAAGGUAACUGUUGUGGUGGACAUGGAGGACAGGAGGGGGAAGGUGUGGGACUACGCCAGCAGUACCACCUACCGCAAGAGAGACCUCCAUUCAUCCAGCUGGGUGAGCUCAGACACUCAGGGACUAACAGAAAGGCAGCACGGCUUCACCUCCAGCUUCAGGAAAUCCCAGAGCCAGAGAGACCUGAGGGAACCACAUGUUCAGCAUUUCAACAGGCCCCACAAUGGAGUCAUCAUCUCCACCAAGGUUCCUCAGAGAGGCCUGGGCUGCACCACAACUCUACGAGGCCCCAGGAAACCUAGACCAAGCUUGGAGGGUAUCGCGGCCCUGGGCCAGAACCAGACAUGGGUCCAAUACAGGCCGACCAAGGGAGGGGAGUUACAGAGGAAGGAAUCAGGCUGCAGCAGGAAGGUGGUUCGAAACCAGAUCAAACGGGUGGUGGAUCACCUCGAGCAGGUUCUUACAGCGCUGAGGGACGUUCACCAGGAAAUGAAAGAGGUGGUGCAGCAGAUUGACCAUCUAACCUCAACUAUUGAUCUGAAUGCGGAGGAGCCCGAGAGAGGUGACAGUGCCAACCCUCCCAGCGACAGCAGCUCCAGUUCAAGUUCCAGCUCCAGCUCCAGCGAGGUGACGGUGAGCAGCAUCCACAGGAGGCCCUCAGAGCCCUCAGAGCGGACUGGAAUCUCAGACUCAUCUGGCAGCCUCAGGAGGGGUCAUCACAGCAGGAGCCAGUCUCCACCACAUGUGCUGCUGUGCCCUGUAACCUCUGGGUUUUCAUCAGAGCGGAGUCAAACUCUUCGAUUCCCCUCCAGUCUGAAGUCUUCUCUCGGACGCGGUGGGACGCUGCAGCAUGAUGUCACUUUGUCUCCUCAAGGAAGCCUCCCUGUUCGGCCUCCUACUCCCGGUCUCUCCCCUCUAACAGUAAACCUCCAACACCUUAACAGCCCUGGGUCUCAGCCUCACUCCCCUGGGCCUUCCUCCUCAAUCAGAGUCAGCCCUGUACCCCCUCUGUCUCCAAAGUCUUACCCACCCCCCACGCUUAGCCCUUCUGUCACCAUAGAGAACAAAAUCGGUACCUAUCAGACCUCACAAAGUGGCCACCCAUCUGCCGUUCUGCUCUCUCCAUCAUCGGCCCAGCCUCCGUCUGCCAGCUGCCCACCAACCGACUCAACUCAAACUGUGUCCAACACUGUGAGAGAGAGGCAAGUAUCCUCAGCAGGACCCGCUCACAGACCUUCACAGGUGUGCUCUGCCCCUGCAACCACAGCUAAACCAGCAACAGCCGCGGGCCGCAGAGGUCGCAAGCCUCCUCCGUACCCCCACCACGUAUCUUCUGAACACACAAAGAAAGUGAAGGAGCCCCGCAAAGCUCCUCCGUACCCUGAGAAAAGAAGGCUGCUCUCUACCACAGUGUGAGACAAUGCAGCAGGAGGGGGAGGCUGAUCGAACAGAGCCACAUUCACACAGCAGCAGCCGCAAGAGUGGAGAGCGAUUCAAGGCUCGCCAAGCUGAGCUGAGGCCAAGUUUCCAAGGUGACAGGACGCAAACGCAACUUGGGCAUCCGGACGUGGUUGCUUCCUGUUGCGACCCCAGAGGGAGCCUCAACGGUGGUGACACAGGGACACACAAACGUCCCAAGCUGAGCGUUUCCUCAACUCCAGAGGAUCCGAACCCCGACCAAACAAGGGCACGGAGCCAGAGCGGGGAGGAGGAAACAUGUGCUCUCACUAAUGACAGAAUGUCAGGACUGCCCUUGCUGGGGGAAGGAGGCGUGUCCACGUGCGCCUCACUUCAGCGACGACCACAUCAGACACGGCAGACCUCCGCUAAGUGACUGAGCUCAGGAACACUCCGGACAUUAACCUUCAUUGAAACAUUAAGUGCAAAGACACGGAGAGUUUGACUUCCAGGAGAAGGAAAGCUUUUCUGUUACUAUGCCCGUGCUAGUUCGUCAUAGGUUGGUCUUAGCUGGAACCAUCAUUAAAGGACAAUGGACCAAAAAAUGUCAGGGACAAGUGAAGCAUGUGAUGGGUUACCAUGGAUACACAAGUGUGAGGGGGGGAGGGUGCAGUAAAGAAAAAAGGGACAGCAUGUUUUAUUCUACUCAGGACUGUGUGGUCAGGUACAUUCAGCGGUGGCUCUCAGGCGAUGUUAGGUGACGUUUAAUCCUGCAUAUGACGGAGGUCUCCAGAAAACCUCAUUGUGGUGGUGGGGGGGGGCGUGUCCCUAGCAUUACUUCUUUGGUUCAGAGUAUUAAAAUACUCUGACAGAGUGUCAAUGGUUUUUCUAACUGACUGUUAUAUUUAGAGCUGAAACAAUCAAUUAGUUGACAGACAAUGCAAAACAUUCUCUGGCUCCAGCUGCACACAUUUGAAGAUUUGCUGCUUUUUUUGUUUGCUUUAAAUCUUUAUAAAUUAAAUGUCUUUGGGGUUUUAGACUGUCGGACAAAACAAGAAACUUUAAGAUCUUGGGCUCUGGAAACAAUGGACAUUUUCGGCUAUUUUAUAAACAAUCAAUUCAAUCAUUAGAAAAAUAAUAAUUUAAUUGCCAAUAAAAAAUAGUAGUUUGUAGAUGUAUUGAAACAGCACUUAAUGGAGAUAAGGUCUGGCUACACGACUUUGGUGAAACUCCUGUUUAUGAUUUUACACAGAAAUGUUACAUUCACACACACGUGCAUAUCCAGGAAAGAGGCCCGCUACGGCGAAAUAAUAAAUUGUGUCAUUACAUGUGAUAAUGAUCUUUGCACAAAAGACAAAAUGUGUUUACAGCCACCAGCUUUGUGGUAAAAAUAAUAAAUAAAAGUUAAAAAA